GCCUUCCCUUCCUACUGCGCCUGCGUCCCCGAUGUCCGUGCCCACAGAACGUCGAAUCGCCGGCGUUCGACACAGAGACUGCACUUCCGGCCCGAAGCUCGGAGGGCUUUUCUAUCCCAGCUAGCUCCCACAGCAAAGCACAUGAGGGGCUUUCCACCAUAGAGGGUUUUUUUCCCUUCUCACCCGCUCCUUUCGCGUCCUCGCGGAACGCGGCUUUUCAAGUGUCGCUCUAGGCGUUCCACCGAACACCCCCCACCCGCGCUUCUCUAUGGUUUUCGCGGUUGCUACGAGACGGCGAGGCGCGAGCGCGCUGCCAUAGCAACUCAACGGCGGCGGGCAGCCUCGUCCCUUUCGAGAGGGAGGGCGAGGGGUUUAAAAGCCCCGGAGAGUUCUCUUAGCUUUCUGGUUUGGGACCUAGUACAACCAUGCCUGUUCCAGAUGUUAUGUUCUGUGCGCAGCAGAUCCAUGUUCCUCCUGAACUGCCAGAUAUUAUGAAACAAUUUACCAAGGCUGCUAUCAGGACCCAACCGCGUGAUGUACUUCAGUGGUCUUAUGCGUAUUUCUAUGCUUUGUCAAAUGGAGAACCUCUUCCUGUGAAGGACCGUCUUGAAAGGCCAGUAGCCACACAGAAAAAUGACACUGGUCUGACUCCAGGACUCCUUAAAAUUUUGCAUAAACAGCUCUCUGAAAAGGGAACUGUGGAAAUAUCAGACCUUCAGAGAAAGUGGAAAAACUUGUGCUUGCCAAUCGAACAGCUCCGCAACCUUCUUCGACUGGACAAUUUUUUAGAAGGAGUGGAAUGGAUGAAGUUCUUUGCCCUUGCAUGUAGCGCUCUUGGUGGGUCCUUACUCAGUUCUAUGAAACAUGCCUGUGAAAUUCUUUCAAGUGAUCCAGAAGGUGGAGCAGCCCGCAUUCCAUAUGACACUUUUGCAUUUAUCUAUAGCUACUUGGCUAGCUUAGAUGAGGAGAUAACGGAGGAAUCUACUGAGAAAUUCCUCAGGGCUCUUAAAGAACAAGUGUCAAGCAAGGGAAAUAUGGUUGGAGUUGCAGAUUUCCGCAAAUGAAACCUUAAAUCAGGACUUAACAGAAUGUGGAAUAACAUUAUCCAACAUAAAGUACAGAUUUUUAAAGUUAAUAAUAUGCUACCUGUAGUAGUGUCCUUUAUGUUCAUGAAAUUGUGUUAGGAAAUUAUUAAGUAAUGUCCUAUCAUUUGAUUACUUAAAAGUCAUAGCAAUGCUUUGUGGGGAGUUGAUCACUAGUUUCUCAGAGGGAUAUCCAGAACAGAUGGAUAUGAGUAAUAAACAAUCAAUUGGUGAGGACUUCUAACUGUUCAAGUGCCAUAGUGAAUUUUAACCACUCAGUGAUGUUGUUGUUAAAAUUUGUAUACUGUCCUUCAUCCCAAGAUCCCAGGACAGUUCACAACAGAAAUCACUGCAACUACUGCCACAGGAUCUUACAAGUUAAAUAUUUCAACAGUCUGAUCUAGAAACUUCCUUGAGUGGGGAGCACAUGCAAAAAAAAUGUUUUUUGCACAUGACUGGAGACACUGAGUCAUAGUACUAAGCUACCACACUGUGGUCAUGGGCACAGCACCAGAUUAGCAACAUGAGCAGCUUGAUCAGCACUGAUCACCACUGCUUGAGGGGGAACAGACUGGAUUCAGCCCCACUUCUGAAAUUGGUGUGGUCAGAACUGAUUUUGCUAGGAAGCUUGUGAAUGGGCAGAGCUUCUUGUUGUAUACAUGGAUCUCUAGACUAGUGUACAAGAGACUUAAGUAUUUGCAUGGUUUUCUUUGAAAACACUACAUUCUGAACAUCAUGUGUUUCAUCUGACAAAAUGUUCAGUUCCUUAUAAUGGAGCAAACAUUUUUUGUGCAUACCCACCAUCCCGGAUCAAAAGUGUGCUAUGCCAGCCUUUUGGGAGUACAGGCUGCUUUUAUACUUUCACCAGCUUUCAUUUGAGGGAUUUCAGAAUACAUUAUAUGGGAUUUCCACCAGGCAGUAAUAAGACGAAGACCAGCAUAGCACUAGAGCAGAGAUGGGGCACCUGUGCCUCUCCAGAUGCUGCAUAUCCUUUUUCCAGACAGGCAUUUAUACGUGUUUCUUUUUUUUCUUUUUUUGCCUGGACUUCUGCUAGAAUUUCUCUUAUGUCUAAAAUAUCAUAAUGGGCCACCCCAAUCUCUGCCAAGCGGUAGGAAGAAAUUCCAGGAGUUUUGGCACUUAACCAGGGUUUGUGUUUUCUUGGGGGAAAUGAUGCACAACAGACUGUGGUGUCUUUAUGAAAUAAGGUUUAUUUUACACACAUUUACAAUCUGGGUGUUGAUGGAGAGAAUUCGCAGCAUUUACAUCUUGGGCUUGUCCUUCCCAGCAGCGCAGCAUUGGAUUCAGAAGCAUCCGAAGCACCACCCCACUGUCUCUCUGUUCCAGCCUGCUCCAGCCAGCAUGGCUGCUGCCCUUCACUCCCCACAUGGAGUUCUUCCCACUUCCUCCUUCCCCUCUUCAGCAGCAUUUGCAAGAAAAAAGCCUCCUGUUUAAAAGGACACCUUUCUUCCUGUGGUGACCUCACACCCCGUUACCCUGACAAGCUUCCCCUCCAUGUUCGCAUGACUUCUGUCUGGCUGAUGGGUCUGGGUUUCCCCAGCCACUCCAACAGGAGAUUAAAAAUACAUUAAAACAUCAGUCAUUAAAAAACUUCCCUAAACAGGGCUGCCUUCAGAUGUCUUCUAAACAUCAGAUAAUGCUACAAUGUCUUAGCAAUGGAACCAAGCCUGAAAGCAAUUUCUUCUCAUCAUAGGUGACUAGAUGCAUAACUGCAAUGUCCACUAGCAGUAAUUCAGCCCAGAGCAGCCAAGUCCCAAUAGUUGUGAUGUGACUUAAAACAUGCAAAUAUAGGCUUCCACCUUUUUGCUAGCUUUACAUAGUCUUUAAUCAAAGGGUGUCAUCAUGCACAAAGCAAUACAGUGGUACCUCGGUUUAUGAACACAAUUGGUUCCGGAAGUCUGUUCAUAAACUGAAGCGUUCAUAAACUGAAGCGAACUUUUCCAUUAAAAGUAAUGGAAAGUGGAUUAAUCCGUUCCAGAGUACUUAAACUGAAGCGUUCAUAAACUGAAGCGAACUUUCCCAUUGAAAGUAAUGGAAAGUGGAUUAAUCCGUUCCAGACGGGUCCGCGGAGUACUUAAACUGAAGCAUUCAUAAACUGAAGCAUGGGUGUAAUUGGUUCCGGAAGUCUGUUCAUAAACUGAAGCGUUCAUAAACCGAAGCGAACUUUCCCAUUGAAAGUAAUGGAAAAUGAAUUAAUCCGUUCCAGAUGGGUCCACGGUGUUCAUAAACCGAAAAUUCAUAAACCGAGGUGUUCAUAAACCGAGGUUCCACUGUAUGUGGACUGGGGAAAAAGCUGGAGUAAUUCAAGAUAGGGAGGGGAUGAGGAUGCCUCAGCAAGAGUACCAAAUCUUUUCAUAUGUUUUGUGAUUUUCAAGUAUCACACAGUACAGCUGUAUAACAAUUUCCUCCAGACCUUAGUUGACUUUUGCUGCCAAAUCUACAAAGCGAUCACUCAUUUUCUGUCAGCUGGGAUCUUGACCUCUGGUUCUUUGUUUCUGCAAGGAUGCAAUCAUAAAUUGCAAUGUUUGUGUUAGGUCACAGAUGUAACAUGGUUUUGUGGACAUUCAAGUGGUAGGAAGGAAUAAGCACAUGAAGCAUGCAAAUGAUCAAAAUAAACAAGUGUUCCAAACCAGAGGGUCAUGAAGAACCUAAGAUUUAUUUAGACCAAGGCAAUUUAGGCUACAAUCCUAAUUCCACUUACCUGGAGAGGAAGGCCCAUUGAUUCAAUAGAACUUAGACAUGGUUAAAAUUUUGCUGUUAAACCAUUACCCAACCAUGUUUUAAAACAUCAAGAAACAAACUAAUUUGGAGUUCAGCCAAUUAUCUAUUUUGAAAUUCAUAUAUAUUUUUGAACAAGUAUGCUUACUAACCAAUUCCUAUGACUCGGGGAUGGGAAACGAUCCGGCCAGGUUAGAUCCUUAUCUCCCCAACACCUCCACCCCCUAGUAUGUGAAGUUUGACAGGUUGUGCUUCUUUGGAAGAACAGCAUGAGAUUUACUGUGUCGUAUUCCAUCAAAGAAAAUAUGUUCAAAAUGUUUUACCGAUGGUACCUCACACCUGCCAAACUCUCCAAAAUGUAUAAGAACAUAUCAGAUCGAUGUUGGAGGUGUGGGGAAGGGAGAGGAGAUUUUAUGCAUAUGUGGUGGGGAUGCCGGAUGGUUAGAGGUUUUUGGAAUAUAG